GUUACCAUAACAGAUUUCGGUUUAGCAUAUCACAAAACCAUUGAUUCAAAUGAAACAGAAUCCACUGUUGGUACAUUAUUUUAUGCCUGUCCAGAAAUGGUACAGUGUCUUCCGUAUGGUGAAGGUGCAGAUAUAUGGGCACUUGGUUGUAUUUUAUAUCAGAUAUGUACAUUCACUUCACCAUUUCAAGGUGAAUGUAUUCUUAGUACUGCAUCACGCAUAGUUAAAGGUGACUAUGAAUCAGUUGAAAUGAAAUGCCCAAAUCAAUAUUCUCAUCUUGUUGAUCAAAUCAUUAAAGUAUGUCUACAACCUGAUCCAGUUCAAAGACCUGAUAUAAUAG